AUGGCGGGGUCAAACAAUGACUUGAAUGUGCUUCACGCAUCUCCGUUAUUUAACGAUAUUUUGCAGGAUAAAACACCAGAUAUGUCAUACGUUGUGAAUGGAAAUGAAUACAAGUAUGGAUAUUACCUAGGUGAUGGGAUAUAUCUAGAGUAUGUUACAUUUGUUAAGUCUUUUUCGUUUCCAGCUGAUGAGAAACGAAAAAUGUUCAAGUUAGCACAGGAAUCUGCACGGAAGGACAUAAUAGAAGAAGAGGGCAGUGCUAUUUGUUCAUAUACCGGGAACGAUGUAUUUAACCCACCUUCAGUAAUACAAGUUGGCAGUCCGACAUACUUCUCUAGGGUUUUGGAAAUACAAAAUUGUGAAACACAUCACAAUCUACGAUACGAUUUGACCGAGCACAUAUGGGGGAGACAACUCCAAGGGGGAAAUGACGAUGGAGACGAAGAGGAUGAGGGCGAUGAUUACGACGAGAAUGCAGACGGUGACGACGAGACGGAUGAGGAUGAUGAGAAUGAUGACGAUGAGUAG